GCUUGACAUAUGAGUUGCGUCCGCACCUAAAACACAUCGGUGUGUUCCACGGCCAUGCCGGGAUCGUAUUGGCUCUGUCCAGCGGCACGCCUGAGGUGUCUCUCAUUGAAUACAGUGACAUAGCUUCCUCCGCCGGUCGGAAAGUCAACCAUCAAAAGCCGGCUGAGUUUCAAUAAUGUCAAAGGCCCCCUGUAACGGACGAAAUAUGCCCAUACCUAGAACCUGGGUAGAUAUCAUUGCAGGGCAGUUCAGGGAAGGCUUGAGUGGCGUCAUAGUUGUGGUCUGUAAAUAUAUCCUGGGCACAGCGACUUGUACACACGCUUUGUUUUCCAAUUCUGUGGGAACAGAUCGAAGCGCAACCCUCCCGAGGCAGCCUAAUCACACCUAACAGCCAGACUGAGGAAGUACAUGCUUAAGCUCGAAGGAUCCAACGUAGCAGGAGAGUCAACAACUGCUCGAUACUGAAGAGCACUUCGACGAGAGAAGGUAACAGAUUCCAAGCUCACGAUGGACGAAUACAACGAACACCUGAAUGAAACCGAAGCCUGAAGCGAAGCAUUGGAGGAGACUUGAGGGACUGUAUGGAUUACCAAUAUCUGACUAAUGCCAGAGAUGGGCGACCCCGUUUGCACGUGAUAUGACGGUGCCUUGUCAAUGGCACGCCCUUCCGACUCAACUCCGAAGUGCCCGCAUCAGUCCCGCCGUGGAUCGAGCACGUUAUCGGACACAGUCCGAGUCCGCAUUUCGAGGUUGAGGACUGCAGUCGUGAACAACACCUCUUCCCAGGCGAACGGCCACAGUACAAUCUCAGUUCACCAUCUCCGCUCGACUAUUCCCAAGCCUAGUGGUUGGGGGUAGAGGAUCUGGAAUAUCCUGCCGUCAUAGAACUUCGACCGAGAUUGUAUUUUGUUCAUUUUGUCGACAAUUCGUUGUCGCUGUCUAAACAAUGGCUCCAACCACCACAAACGGCGCUCAGGUCGACUCCGAUGACUUCUCAAAAGUCUCUCGUGGUCCCGUCGACCCCCAUACGGUCGAGGACUUCCAUACGCUGAGCAUCCAGCAGUUGUCUCCUGCGACACAGGCGAUUCAUGCCGACGACCCGCUCAACGUCGUCGACGAUGUCGCUCCGCCUAUCCAUGUGAGCACGACGUUCCGGUACGACAAAGACCCAUCCCGGCUGCGCCCUUACUACGAACGUGAAGAACCCAUCUUCGAGCCCACCGAGCAUAUCUACUCGCGACACACCACGCACAGCAGCUCGCGCCUUGAAGCCAUUCUGGGUGUGCUGCUGCACAACCCUUGCCUGACAUACUCGUCUGGCCUGUCGGCUUUCAAUGCCCUUGUCACCUUCCUGAACCCCAAAAGAGUGGCGAUCGGUGCCGGAUACCAUGGUUGCCAUGGUGUAUUGAGGUUGCACCAAAAGUUGUCCGGGCUGAAACUGCUUCCUUUGGAUUGCAAGCCCGAGGAUCUUCAAGAAGGCGACUUGUUGCACUUGGAGACUCCGAUCAACCCCACCGGCCAAGCCUUCGAUAUCCAGCAUUAUGCCGACAUAGCUCAUUCACGAGGCGCCUACCUCAGUGUCGACGCCACCUUUGCGCCGCCACCCCUGCAAGAUCCGUUCAAGCAUGGCGCAGAUAUUGUUAUGCACUCAGGGACAAAGUACAUUGGUGGACACUCCGACAUGCUGUGCGGUGUUCUGGCGGUGAAAAACAAGGAAUGGAUUCCAAAGAUGGUGGAUGAACGAUUGUACCUUGGCUCUGUCAUGGGUGGGCUCGAAGGUUGGUUGGGCGUGAGAAGUGUGCGGACAAUGGAGUUGAGAGUGAUGAAACAGAGCGCGGGCGCACAGAGGAUUGUCGAUGCGCUUGACGGAGCAUUGACCGGCCAUACUGUCGGCACAGGAUUGUCCCAGUCGGACGCGGAAAUCAUCAAGUCGGUGGUGAAGCAAGUCUUUCAUGCAAGCCUGCAAACCGAGGACUACAAAACUUGGUUGAAGAAGCAAAUGCCAAACGGGUUUGGCCCGGUCUUUUCGUUGGCCUUGAAGUCCCCUGAGCUUGCCCGCGCUCUGCCCAGCAAGCUCCAUCUCUUCCAUCAUGCCACGAGUCUUGGUGGAGUGGAAAGUUUGAUCGAGUGGCGGACCAUGACGGACUCGUCUGUGGAGAAGGAUCUUUUGAGAAUAAGUCUUGGUAUUGAAGACGACAAAGACCUUCUUGACGACCUCAUCCAGGGCUUCAAGGCCCUCAAACAAGAGUUCAGACUCUGAUUGGACUUCAAAGAUAGAUCAUAGACGUAGAAAACAAGAGUGACAAGGCCGUCAGGCGCAGCGAUCGGGUCAGACGAAAGGGUCAGAUCCAUUGAGAUGGCUGAUGCCCUUCGACGGUGUUUCUUCUGCUCGACGCCGUACUUGAGGUAUUGUCGUCCGCAAGAAUUGAUGCAUCCCUCUCAAGAUGCAGACGCAGCAUGUCUCCUUCUCUAAAUGGCGCUUGUAGAUCGUCCUUGGCCGGCUCCUUUC